AUCUUGAUAUGGUAUCUUUUCUUUCUUUUUCUUUUUCACUCUAGUCAAUAUUUUUAAGCCACUAGCUCGAUUAAUAUGAACAUUUAUAUGGUAUAUGCUUGGUUAUCAGCUAGGCCGGGGGUGCUAUCCCUAUUUUCAAAUAAAGCUUUCAUGCUUGGUUGUUCACUAAACCCAUAAAAUUGCGAUUUGUUCCGAAGUAAAUUUAAGAGUCAUGGUUUUAUAAGAACUUACUCAAUUGUAAAUGUAUGUAAGAAUACAGUAUACUCUCAAGUCUCAUCUGUCCAUUUGUUGAACGUCCAUACAAAAAUAUGCAAUACGACAUAAUACUCAUAGGGAUGGACCAAACAAAAUUAUGGGGGAGGGAGUAACUCAUGCUAAUGUUCUUGCAGGUCAAAUAACAUCAUGGACUUCACAAGUCUCACCGUGUUGUGGUGGGCCAUAGCUCUUCUUUUCAUCACCGUAUUAGCCACCAAGAUCUCAAGAGCAAGUAUCACCAACAUUGAUCCACAAUGUACAACAGGUCAACGUCCACCGGUAGUCCAUGAAGCUGCUCUCUUAAAACUAGUGCCUACCCUGUUGAAGAAGGGCCUACCGGCAAUGAUCAAUGAUCUAUAUGUCAAGUAUGGAAGUGUCUUCACAGUAAGUUGUUUGGGAGUGACCAAGGUGACACUCUUGAUCGGGCCAGAGGUGACGGCUCAUUUCUUCCAAGGUUUGGAGUCGGAGAUCAGCCAUGGUAACCUUUUUGAGUUCACUGUGCCCAUGUUUGGCGAGGCGGUUGGUUAUGGAAGAGAUACCGCUACCCGAACAGAACAGAUGCGCUUCCACAUCGAAGCACUGAGGCCUUCAAGGUUGAGGAGCCACGUAUAUCCCAUGAUUCAAGAAGUGGAGGGUUACUUUGCAAAAUGGGGAGAGGAAGGCAUAGUUGAUAUAAAGCUUGAGUUCGAGAAGUUACUGAUGUUGAUCUCAAGCCGAUGUUUGCUCGGUAAAGAGGUUCGAGAGAACAUGUUCGAUGAGGUAUUCAGGCUUUUUCACGAGAUUGAAGACAACGGUGUAACAUUGAUCAGUUUCUUGUUCCCAUAUCUUCCAACUUCAGCAAACCGGCAGCGUGAUAGAGCGCGCAUCAGGCUAACACAAAUCCUCUCCGAUGUCGUUGAGUGCCGUAAGAGCUCCGGCACAGUUGAGGAGGACACACUGCAGAAACUAAUUGACUCCAAGUACAAAGAUGGUCGCCCUACAACAGUAGCUGAGGUAGUCGGGCUGAUCAUUGGCUUACUGUUUGCUGGAAAACACACCAGCUCUCACACUAGUACUUGGACUGCAGCUUGUCUACUUAGCCAUCCAACCUUCUUGAGAGCUGCCAUUGAGGAGCAACAACAAAUCAAUAACAAAUACAAGGACAAGGGGCUAGACUACAAUGCAUUUAUAGAGAUGGAUACAUUGCAUUGUUGCAUCAAGGAGGCUCUAAGGAAGCAUCCUCCAACACCAAUGUUGGUUCGCAUGGCACAUAGGCGCUUCACGGUGAAGACAAUCGAGGGCAAACAAUAUGACAUCCCACAAGACCACAUUGUAGCAAGUCCUACUAUAGUCAACAAUAACAUCCCUUAUAUCUAUAAGGAUCCUGAGGUAUAUGACCCGUGCCGGUUUGGCCCUGAAAGAAGAGAGGACAAAAUAGGUGGCAAGUUCUCGUACACCUCAUUUAGCGGUGGACGACAUGUUUGCACUGGGGAGGCCUAUGCUUACAUGCAACUUAAAGUGAUAUGGAGCCAUUUGUUGAGGAACUUUGAGCUGGAACUGAUCUCUCCUUUCCCAAAGACAGACUGGAGCAAGUUCUUGCCAGAGCCACAAGGAAAACUUCUCGUUAGAUAUAAGAGAAAUGGCGUUGUGCAUCCACUUAAUUAGUCAAUCUUUUUUUUUUUGUUGCGAAAACGCUUAGUUAGUCAAUCUACUUGUGUGCAUGCAAUUUGCAUGUGUAUUUGUACGCGUACGUGUUUUCUUAUGUGUAAUGCCCAUGCAAUCGUGUUUGUAAGUCGAGAAGUUGCAUUGAGAGAGACGUACGGAUGCGACAUUGAGAGCUAGUAGGUCUGUACUCCCUAUUAUGUGCAUCAGAAAUAAGAGUUCUUCGUUGGUUUCAAUGUUGUUCUCUGUUGGGAGUGGUUUACGCGUUACUGGUUCCCGGAAGAGUCAAUUUCUCCAUUAGCUAAACCCUUUAUUACCCUACCUUUGGACUCGUAUUUUGUUUGUACACAAUCACGUCAUUAGGGCAUCUCCAACGGCGACCCGCAAAUUUUCACCUGCGCCUGUUUGCGGACAAAAGGAACUAGUUCGCGGACACGCAUGCGCAAGGCAGCCACCCAACGCUGCCCGCAUACAUCUUAACAAACUAUGCAAACAGACCGGACGAAAUUCGUUUAAACACUACCUGAUUUCAUAUAAACAUGCUG